UUUCUUCAACUGCCCGGAAAAAUAGGAAAAAACAAGAAUUAAAAUUGACCCGUCGAAUUCAUAGAUGUCAACACCUUAUUUCUAGCCUAAGCGGUCAAUAUUCACUCAAACUCUCUCUUCGGGUGAAUCCAGCCAAGGUUUUCUCGUGUCUCACUCGCCUAAGUUCGGCCUCGGCCCGUUGGCAAAGUUUGCUGAUAUUUUCAUUUAGGCAUCUUCCUGCCAAAAGUCAAAUACUUCUGAUAUGUAUACAAGAGUUAUGACUAUUUUAUACUCAAUGUUCGUUGUCUCCAGUAAGUAAAUGCAGUCGUAACCAAUCAAGGCCUUGCGGAAGAACCCAUUCACACAAAAUCAGCAAUGGAUUGUAACGUCCAUCAUCACAGGUCUAGUUUUUUAAGACCUUAUAAGUUGGUGCCUUCAUUGUUAAAUCUUAUGGACAGCCAAUUGACCCCUCUCAAGUAAAAGAAGACUUCUUAAAAGUGUGGAAAGUCCCGUGUCGGUUACGGAGUUCAUGGAUUUUAUUCUUUUGGGGUUAUCAAACUGAAAAUCUUUGUAAGGAAGCACAAAAAUGGGAAAGGGAAAGGCAGUUAAAAACGGUAGAUAUAGAUGAGUAAGGAGGGUAGUGCCAAAAACGCAGGGGCAGCCCUUCUCUGCGGCAUCAAAGCCGGCUUUAUUAUGUGUCUUAAGGAUUAAUAUAUUCAAGAAGCAGUUCUACUCAAUCCAGGUAACGUGUUUGCUUCCAAUUCUUCUCUAUUAGUCUGCUCCAUGUGACCUUCGCUGCAUUUUUCAUGGGGCACCUCCCCUUCCCUAUUAAAGUUCACCACCAUUUCUUGUACACUUAAAUCUUCCUGAUUCUGUGUUCUUCUGCAGGUUCAACAUUUUGAAUCUGAUCCGACUUCCAACAUGAGUUUUGGAAGAAAAGUGAGAAGUGGUGAUUACUUGGAAGGGAUGAUAAAUGAGUGCGUUGGAGGAAAGCCCAAAACGAAGGCUCCAAAAAUUGGGUCUGCUAAGCUUGUGGCCACUCUCACAUGUCUUCAAUUUUUCUUCGCGGUUUAUGCAACGUUCCUCUUGUACUACAUGAGUCCUCCUAUAGAUUUACGUACCAAACCAGAGUUCACGUGGGCUACCCGAAUCGCGCAACAGUGGAAGCAGCUUAUGAUCAAACCUCACGUAUUGACUCGCUACCAAGAAGUUUCUUCUUCUGUUGUCAGUAAGGAGAUUCAACCCAUUACUCCAUCUCAAGUUUGCGAGCACGAGAAGAUAGACUUCGUGCAGAAGAAAUCCAAUGAUGCUCAGAUGAUUAAGUUGAAGAGAGAGCUUUACAAUGAUGUUUUGGACUUCCAAAGAAAAACCAUUGGUCCAGAGACUCUUCCCCAGCUCAUGGCAAUGAAAUCCAGAUGGAGUUUGCAACACCGACCAAAAAUAACUGUCAUACUGAACCACUUCAAAAGAAAAACACUCUGUGCACAGCUUGAUUCUUUGCUUCAACAGACGCUCCCAUUCCACCAAGUUUGGGUGCUUUCAUUUGGCAGUCCAAAUGAGGCCUCCCUCGAGAGGAUUGUCGACAGCUAUAACGAUUCAAGAAUCAGCUUCAUAAGCUCCGCUUAUGAUUUCAAGUACUACGGAAGGUUCCAGAUAGCCUUGCAGACCGAAGCUGAUCUUGUGUACAUUAUGGACGACGACUUGAUUCCUGGGAGGAAGAUGUUGCAGAUUCUGGCUCACGUGGCAGGGACAGACAAAUACAAGAAUUCUGUUCUGGGCAGCAUAGGAAGGAUAUUGCCUUUUAGACAGAAAGAUUUUACAUUUCCUAGUUACAGAAAAUUUCGGUCUAAAGAAGCAGGACUAUAUUUGCCAGAUCCUGCCUAUGAUAUCACGGUUGAUAAAGUUGUGCAGGUGGAUUUCUUAUCUAGCUCGUGGUUUUUAUCUGCUGAUCUCGUCAAAACGCUUUUCAUUGAGACGCCUUUUACCUUCGGAACUGGGGAAGAUCUACACCUCAGCUAUCAACUUCAGAAGUAUAGAAAUGGGGGCUCAUUUGUUCUUCCAGUUGACCCUAAUGACAAGGAAACAUGGGGAGAUAGUGAACAUAGGCUUGCUUAUGUGUCUGAAACUACAGUAAUCUUUAAGGAUAUAGUCCAGCUCAGAGAUGACCAAUGGUGGAAAGCACUAUCCACUGGUUAUGUAACUCAGUGGGCAACAAUGUACCCUCAAAAAAUUGAUGCGCUCUUCUAUGCUCAUUCUGUGGGCGAAGUUAAAUCACUUGCACCUCUUUUUGAGAAGUUCAGAUCCACUGUUGGCAAAAAGGCCUACAUUGUUGUCUCUGGAGGCAAUUUCUGCCCUUGUGAAGAAGCUGCAACAGCUCUGAAGUGGCCUAAGGUUGUUUGUAAAGAGCGUCGUUUUAAGAUUUUUGAUUUGUCGAUUGGAGCGCUUUCUGGUAUAUCAAACUCAGAGGUGCCAAUAAUACAAGCCGUAUACUCUAGCAUGAAGGGGUUAAUCAAAAUUCACAAUCCCAGCGUGAUUAUUACUGUAUCUGACAUUGAUCCUCAUGUAAGGAAAGCUUUGAAUAUGGCUUUAGAGUCUAAUUCAGGUACUGCCACCCUAGUUCUUCUGCCAAGAGCUUCAGUGUCAAAAGUUCUUUGGAUGGCUGAUCUACGCUCAACUGCACUACCAAAUUGGAAUAAGAUGCAAAUUUCAGUCAAUAUCGUCACACAAAAUCGAGCCAGAUCGCUAGCAAGGCUUCUCAAAUCUCUGAGCAAUGCUUACUAUCUCGGGGACCAAGUUCCUAUCACCUUCAACAUGGACAGUAAAGUGGACGAGGCAACUAUAAGACUAGUGAGUUCAUUUGAAUGGCCCCAUGGGACCAAAACCCUCAGAAGAAGAAUCGUCCAAGGAGGACUAAUCAGAGCUGUUAGUGAGAGUUGGUAUCCCUCUUCUGAUGAUGAUUUUGGUCUCCUGCUUGAGGAUGAUAUAGAAGUAUCUCCUUACUAUUAUUUAUGGAUCAAGUAUGCACUCCUGGCUUACCACUAUGACCCUCAAGUCUCUCUCCCAGAGCUAUCCUCCAUCUCGCUUUACACCCCAAAACUGAUUGAAGUUGUGAAAGAAAGACCAAAAUGGAAUGCCACUGAAUUCUUCAAAAAAAUCCAUCCAAACACACCUUACUUACACCAAUUACCAUGCAGUUGGGGUGCAGUAUUCUUUCCAAAACAUUGGAGAGAAUUCUAUGUGUAUAUGAACAUGAGGUUCACCGAGAAUCCCAAGGAAAACCCAGUUCAAAUUCCAAAGUCUAGAACAAACGGAUGGGCCGCUUCGUGGAAGAAAUUCCUUAUAGACAUGAUGUACCUUAGAGGUUAUGUUAGUCUAUACCCAAAUUUCCCAAACCAAGCAAGCUUUUCAACCAACCAUAUGGAACCAGGGGCCCAUAUUAGUGCAAAAGACAACGUGGUUAACCACAAGAAACAAGACUUUGAGGUGCCAUUGUUGAAGGAAGACUUCAGAAAUUUGUUACCAGGAAUGAAGUUGCCUCCAGCCUCAAAGCUACCAUCUUUGAACCUUUUCAAUCAAGCCCUUUCUCUCAAGGCUCUUAAAUCUGCUGGAGCCAAGUUAGGCCAAGACGUGCUUAGAUGUGACAAUGCCACAGAGAUGGUGAUUGUAGAUCAUAACACUGGUCUACCACAACGCUGCUUCAAGUUCUAAAUAUUAUCAUUAUUUGUUUUGAUUAAGUUUUUUUUUUUUUUUUCCUUUCUUCUUCUUUUUUUCCCUUUCUGGGGUUGUCCUCACAGUUAUUUGGGAUUUAUUUCUCAAUUGUUUUAACAUUAAAUGGGAGAUUGGGAUGUCGAUCCUAUUAUUGAGGGGAGUA